GCUCAUUACAUAUGAGGCAGAAAACACUGCAACUUUAGGAGUUUAAUAAUACAAAUAAAUAACACAUUCUGGGAUCGUUAAUCUAGCCAUCUUAUUGUUUUUAUUCUUUGGUUUGAUUAAAACGUAAGCUGUGUAAUAUCUAAUGUCUGCAUAGUACAUAACCUCAAACACAAAUGGAUAAGUUAUCGAUAAUAUCAGGUGCACUGUUCUUUGCAGCUGAUAUUUUUGCAGUUGUAAGCUUGGCUAUGCCUCAUUGGAUUGUUUCUGAAAUAGGAGGUGACACAAAUAUCGGACUUUUGAAGACGUGUUUAACAAUUUAUGGACGACCUUCUAUCUGUUUUAUGCCCAGUCCUGUACGAGGGGAGUGGCUGCUGACAUUUAUUUGCAUAGUGCUUGGCAUUAUCUGUAUCACCAUCACAAUUGUUCUGCUGGCUUUCUCAUACUGGGAGUACCGUGUUAUGAAAUUUGCACGAUGGCUAGGCUUUGUUGCAAUGAUCCUGUUCUGUUUGGCGGCUGUAAUUUUUCCAAUUGGGUUUGACAUGGAUCAGAUAGGUGGAGAAGCCUACCAGCUACCAAACAACUACAGGGUGGGGAUCUCCUACAUUUUUUUUGUUCUGGCCCUGUGGAUUACAGUAGUCUCUCAACUCUUUGCCAGCAAGGUUUGCUUGCCGCACUUCUGAUACAGUAGUCUCUCAACUCUUUGCCAGCAAGGUUUGCUUGCCGCACUUCUGAUACAGUAGUCUCUCAACUCUUUGCCAGCAAGGUUUGCUUGCCGCACUUCUGAUACAGUAGUCUCAACUCUUUGCCAGCAAAGUUUGCUUGCCACACUUCUGAUACAGUAGUCUCAACUCUUUGCUAGCAAGGUUUGCUUGCCACACUUCUAAUAGCCACAGUUGUGUUUUUUAAAGACUGGUCUUCUUCAGUAUUAAAAGUACUUAACAGUCUGUCUCUUUCUACUCAUAUGUCCUGGAUUAAGCUUUAUGCUAUCAUUGUGGAAAUGUGUGACAGUUCCUGGAAUACACAUUGAGAAUCCCUUGAUGAUUGUGUAUCAUCCAAUAUAAUGUACCUGGCUUUGUGUGCCACACUUUAAACAUUGUUCAAUGCAGUGUAGAGAAGAAUCUGGUCUGUCAUGAUGUUUUUUUUCAUGAUUCUUAAUUCGUGUUUGUAUUUUUUCAUUUGCAUAAGCAAAUUGUUUUGUGGAAAUAAUAAGAAAGUAAAUAUUUUGCUAAUUGCAAAAUCCUAUUUAAGUGAAAAUAUAUAACCGAUUUAAUAAUGAGAAUCUCACUUGAUGCUCAAUAUUAAAAAAAACCCAUAGAAAAUUAGCUAAAUAUCAUUAGAACUUUGGCCAAAGACCUCAAGCAAAACAUUGAAGUGGUUUUUCAAAGGCAAAUACAAUAUUUUGAAAGUAAGCUCUUCUAUAUAGAGCUAACCUAAGGAAAAAAAUUGAAAAUACGCACCUUAUUAAUUUCAUUAUGGCAGUUAUACGUUUUUUUGUCCUUGAAUAUUUCUUACACUAUUUUAGGCCUUGCCAAGAGCCUAGUUGUAAAGGUCUAGAUUAUUUUUUAUCUUUAACUUAAAGAUUAGCAGAAAAAAACAAUAAUUACCUCUUUCAUUUCCUCCCCUGAGUUGCACUGUUUGAAUGCUUUUACUCUACUGUGCCAUUCUAUAAGGGGAUUUGUUUUCAUUCAUGUUUUGACAGAUGUUGUGUGUUAGGUCAGUUUUUAUAUGCAUUUAACUUAACUUUCAGUUUCUGUUGUAAUAGUGCAAAAAAAAUUUUUUAUUGUCUAUCAAAAUUUACAGUUUAUUUUGUAUUUUCUGUACAACAUGUAAUUAAUUUGAUUAUUUGUAAAUGUGUACAAAUAAACCUUUUUUUUUGUAAAUGUGUAUAUUAAUAGAAUGAUAUUAACUUGUUAUGUUAUUUGUGGCAUUUUCUAUUUUUUUAAUAAAAUGCUGAAUAUUGUGAAUCUAUAUCGUUGUGUAGGCAUAAUUGUAUUUGUCUACUUGAAAUGUUAAAUAUAACUUUGAUAAGAAUUUCUCACAUAUUUGACCACUGCAAAUACAAAUUUUAUUUAUAUUGAGAUAAUUUUAUUGUUAUGAUUCCUUCAUUACUGUUGUGAAAAAUGUAUGACACUGUUAGUGCAUCAGUUUGGUUUUGUGAACACAGAAGGAAAGCCAACUGUUAAACUGUUUUGGUUUAGUGUGCAAUGUUUGUCACUAAAGAUGUCAACAUAUUUAUAUUUCCAUAUUUGUUUGGUUUAAAAGCCAAGUCAUAGUUUUAAUUAAAUUAAAUACAUAAAAUCAAUUUUUUAAAUGAAAUAUCACUUUUACAUGUUCUUAAGUAAGAAACAUUAUAUUGUACCUUUAUAUAAUACUAAAAUUCAUGUCUAAUUUU